AUGCGGCCCCGCCCCGGCCUUCACGCGGCCCCGCCGACGGCUCUGUCGCGGCCCCGCCCAGGCUCUUACGCGGCCUCGCCGCCUACUCUAGCGCGGCCCCGCCCCGGCUCCUACGCGGCCCCACCGCCGGCUCUCCUACGGCCCCGCCGCCGACUCUCCCGCGGCCCCGCCCCGGCUUUCACGCGGCCCCGCCGACGGCUCUGUCGCGGCCCCGCCCUGGCUCUUCCGUGGCCCCGUCCCGGCUCUUACGCGGCCCCUGCCCCGGCUCUCACGCGGCCCUGCCGCCGGCUCUCUUGCGGCCCCGCCCCGGCUCUCACGUGGCCCCGCCGUCGGCCCUCUCCAGGCCCCGCCGCCGGCUCUCUUACGGCUCCGUCGCCGGCCCUGACGCGGCCCCUGCCCCGGCUCUCAAGCGGCCCCGCCGCCGGCUCUUUUGCAACCCCGCCGCCGGCUCUGAAGCGGCCCCGCCCCGGCUCUGAAGCGGCCCCGCCCCGGCUCUCACGCUGCCCCGCCGCCGGCCCUCACGCGUCCCCGCCCCGGCUCUCUCACGCGGCCCCGCCGCCACACCUGCAGCAGUCGGGCAGCAGUGCAGCCGAACCGCCCGAGAGCCGAGCCGCCCAACGCCCGAGCCGCCCUGUCGCCGAGCCGCCCGGGACCCGAGCCGCCCUGCACCCGAGCCGCCCUGCCGCCGAGCCGCCCGGGAGCCGAGCCGCCCUGCACCCGAGCCGCCCUGCCGCCGAGCCGCCCGGGAGCCGAGCCGCCCUGCGCCCGAGCCGCCCAGCCGCCGAGCCGCCCGGGAGCCGAGCCGCUGUGCACCCGAGCCGCCCGGUCACCGAGCCGCCUUUCUGCAGAGCUGCACGACCUGCCCUGCCUGCUUUUGACGCUGAGGGUCGCGCCAUUGAUUUCGAGGUCUGGUUAGACAACCUGCAACUGUUCUUACAGUGCGACAGGGCUGAUUGCCUUUCUCUCUUUGACCUCACCUCUGGCGCCUCUCCUGCUCCUGCUGCUGAUGCUGAUCCCACUGUCCGCUCUCAGUGGGCCACCCGCGAUGCUGCUGCACGUCUUGCUGUGCGUCGCCACCUCCCUACCUCUGAGCGUGCGCACUUUAGUCAGUACAAGAGUGCUCAGACCUUGUACGACGCUGUAGUUGCGCGCUACUCCUCCCCUGCCACUGCUGCACUGAGCCGUCUCAUGCUUCCCCACCUCUUUCCUGACCUCUCUGCCUUUCCCACUGUCGCUGACCUCAUUACGCACCUCCGCACUAGUGACACUCGCUACCGCGCCGCCCUUCCUGCUGAGUUCUGCGCUAAGAACCCACCCCCCAUGUACAUCGCUCUCUACUACGUAGUCGCGCGCCUCCCUGACUCCCUUCGCGUCGGGUGCUCUCCUUCCCCCUUGCUGCCCUCUGUUGCCUCUGCUGCUGCUGCCGACCUGCUUGGUCUUGAGUCGGUCGGCGCGGCGUCUGCCCCUAGUGGGAGACGUCGCUCCAGCAAGGGCAAGGGGGGCAAGGGCGCGGGUGGAGCUGGAGGGGGCGGUGGCGGUGGCGGCGGUGGCGGCGGAGGGAGUGGGGGUGGCGGCGGGACUAGUGGCGGGGGUGGUGGUGGUGGUGGCAGCAGCGGCGGAGACGGUGGUGGUGGUGGCAGCGGUGGUGGUGGAGGCAGCGGCGGAGGUGGAGGCGGCGGAGGUGGAGGCGGUGGAGGCGGCAGCGGAGGAGGCGGUGGUGGUGGAGGAGGUGGAGCUGGUCGGGGUGGUACCCAGCAGCGUAGCGGCGGUGGUGGUGGCCAGCGCUCGCAGCGGCAGCAGCAGCAGCGCUCGCGGGACAUCCCUCCGCCUCAGCAGCUUCGUGAGUGGUACGCUGGGCGUCAGAGGGGUGGGGGUACUGAUCCCUGCACCUACGUUCUUCGUUCCGGCGACCGCGCGGCGAUCUUUGAUCUUGAUUUUGAUGCUAUCCUUGCUGCUAUGUAUGCUGUGACUUAUAGUGAGGAGAAUGAGGGUUACCGGUGUUUCCAGCCCGACCCGGGCAUUGGUACUGCUGCGCUAGGUGCUUGUGAGGCUGCUGCUCUAGGUGCCAGUGCGUCUGCGCUCUCAGGUACUGGUGAGACUGCGCUCUCAGGUAAUGCGUCGUCCUCGUCCUCCCUCACUUUCACACUUGACUCCGGGGCUUCUCGCUCCUUCUUUCGAGACCGCACUACCCUUACGCCGCUCGGCCGGCCGGUUGCAGUCUCCCUUGCUGACCCCUCUGGGGGUCCUGUCCUGUCUCACUUCUCCACUGUCCUCCCGUGUCCGGCUGCCCCUUCGGGCACCCUGUCUGGUCUGUACCUUCCCUCGUUCUCUACGAACUUGGUGAGUGGUGCAGCCCUGCAGGAUGCGGGGGUUCACCAGUUCACUCCUGCGAUUCAGCGGGUGACCCACUGCACGGACGCACGCACAGGCCGACACCUGGCCACCUUCUCACGUCGGCCGGGGUCGAGUCUCUACACCCUGACCACUUCGUCUCCUCCUGUCCCUGCGUCCGGUCAGGUAGCUGCGUCAGGUCAGGUGCUUGCUGCUGCGUCCCGGUCAGGUCCUGAGUCUGCCCCCUGUUCUUGUCGCCUCCUGUCUCACGAGACUCUCCUGUGGCACCACCGUCUUGGCCACCCCUCCUUGCCCCGUCUUCGGAGCAUGGCUUCCCGUGUCCUUGUCUCUGGUCUUCCCCAGUCUCUCCCUCCUCUCCCCUCCGGGCCAGGACCUUCCUGUGUCCCGUGUGUCGAGGGUCGCCUCCGGGCUACUCCUCACUCCUUUCACUUCCCCCCGACAGAGGCUCCCCUGCAGACGCUUCACAUGGAUGUGUGGGGCCCAGCCCCCGUCCGUGGGCAGGGUCACGAGCGCUACUUUCUGUUGGUGGUUGACGACUACUCGCGUUACACCACACUCCUCCCCUUGCGCAGCAAGGGUGCGGUCAUUGAGGUGCUGAUCGACUGGAUCCGCGAGGCUCGUCUCGAGCUCAGGAAGAGCUUCGGCUCGGACUUUCCUGUUCUGCGUCUGCACUCGGACAGAGGCGGAGAGUUCUCUUCUCGCCUUCUGCGAGACUACUGUCGUGGACGGGGGAUCCGCCAGACCUUCACGCUUCCGGACUCUCCACAGCAAAAUGGGAUUGCUGAGCGCCGCAUUGGCAUGGUCAUGGAUGUCGCUCGUACGUCCAUGAUGCAUGCGGCUGCCCCCCAUUUUCUGUGGCCGUUUGCGGUGAGGUACGCGGCGCAUCAGCUCAACCUUCACCCCCGGGUCUCUCGGCCUGCGAUGUCCCCAGCCUUGCUGUGGACGGGGAAGGUAGGCGAUGCGUCUGUGUUCCGUGUCUGGGGAUCUCGGGCGUUUGUCCGCGACUUGUCUGCGGACAAGCUGUCCCCUCGUGCUGCUCCCUGUGUCUUCCUUGGCUUCCCCACUGACGCCCCAGGGUGGCAGUUUUACUACCCCUCCUCUCGUCGUGUUCUGUCCUCCCAGGACGUCACGUUCGACGAGUCAGUCCCCUUCUACCGUCUCUUCCCCUACCGCACUCCUUCCCUCCCCCCUCCCCCGGACUUCCUUGUGCCGGUUCCCCCCCCGGUAGACCCCCUCCUCCCUCAGGUUCCUGCCCCCUCGGGUGUGUCCCAGGUAGACGCCGUUGACCCGGUCGAGGUUACUGGUGACUCUGGUGCUGCUGCGGGUGCUGAGCCUGGGGGUGCUGACUCUGGGGGUGCUGUGCGCGGGGGUGCUGAGCCUGGGGGUGCUACUGCUGGGGGUGCUGGGCCUGGGGGUGCUGCUGCGGAGGGUGCGGAGCCUGGGGGUGCUGAGCCGGGGGGUGCUGUGCCUGGAGGUGCUGGGUCUGGGGGUGCUGGGUCGGGAGCUGCUGAGCCUGGGGGUGCUGAGCUGGGAGCUGCUGAGCCUGGGGGUGCUGCGUCUGGAGCUGCUGAGCCUGGGGUUUCUCCUGCUGCUGCGUCUCGCCGGGAGCCCCUGUCUCCACAGGAGCUGCGCGAGUGGUUCGCUCGCCGCUGGAGGCGUGCUGCUGAGUCUGGAGGUGCUGCUGGAGCUGGAGCUGGAGCUUCUUCGACCGUCGAGGGUGCGGGUGCUGCCGGUCCCGGAGCUGCUAGACCUGCGGGUCCUCCUGGAGCUGGAGCUGCUGAGGGCGUUGGUGCUGAGCCUACUACUGUUGGUCCUGCCGCUGGAGGUGUGGGUGGCGCUGGUGCUGUUGCUGAGGGUGCAGGUGCUGUCCCUGCUGAGUCUGGAGCUGCCGCGCGGCCUCGGCCGUACUUCGUUCCGCUCCUGUAG